UUUGUGUUAAAAACGGCGAUCUACGAGUUUUUGUAUCUGCAUACUCGAUAAGCUGGUUUUCUCAUAUAAUUAUUUAUUAUAAUUAUUUCUGAUAUAAUUAUUUAGCUGGCGAGAUGUGGUUGAGUUGCACAUUAACGUGGUUUACUGCUGUCUUUUUUAUGACACCCCUGCUCACUGAAUGUGUUCCUCGCUUUUUUGCCCGCUCAUUCCAGCAAAGAGGGCCUUUGGCGAGCCAGAAGCUGUUGAGUAGUCAGUAUCACACCGCGAUUCCGCAAACCCCUUCUAAGAUAAACGACCCCGUACCAAAUCAGCGUGAGAAAACCGUGUCCGUGUACUGUCAUGAUGAAGAGAUCGAGAUUGUGAUGAGCGCAGACUUGUUUGCGUCGGGGGUUCCAGUCAGUGCUGAGGAGCUGUUUCUGGGCUCCCCAACACCGCUUGUCAAAGCGUCUGUAGCGUCAUGUGGAGCCGUGCAAACCGGGAAAUCACAGUUGACAAUACUUGCUUAUUUCAAAGAUUGUGGAACCAAACUACAUGUAACUGGAGACUCCGUGGUAUAUUCAAAUUUCAUUGUGUACUCCCCUCUACCAUCUCCUGAUGGUGUACUUCGCCAGGAAAGUGCAGUCAUACCUGUUGAGUGCCAUUACCAGAGGCGGUACAGUGUUGACAGCGCAGCAGUGGCACCCACUUGGAGCCCAUUUGUUUCCACCGUUUCUGCCACAGAUUAUCUGGACUUCAGCCUCCGACUGAUGAAUGAUGACUGGCAGUAUGAGAGGGGCUCAAAUGUCUAUUUCCUUGGGGAUACGAUUCACCUUCAAGCAUCGGUUACCUUGGCCAAUCAUGUCCCCCUCUUCCUGUUUAUUGACUGGUGUGAGGCUACACCAACUUAUGGCGUGGUUCCUAGUGACAUCAAAUAUUCUUUUGUGGAAAAUCAUGGAUGUCUUACAGACAGUAGGAGUUUGUAUUCUCGCUCCAAGUUCUUGCAGAGGAGCCAAGGCAACAAAUUAAACCUGCAACUGGAAGCCUUCAGAUUCUACAAAUUGACCAGCAACUUGGUAUUCAUCACAUGUUACCUAAAAGCUAUCCCUACUGCGUUUCCUCUGAGCUCUCAGAAUCGAGCAUGUUCUUCUAUUGAUGGAAGGUGGCAGUCUGCGGAUGGAGGUGAUGAGGUUUGUAAUGGCUGUGAGCCAUCCAAACCAGCUGUGGCAGAUCCUCGACCAAUCCAGCCUUACCACAUCACACUAGCCCCUCCUGUCAAGCAGCCUUAUUUGGCCCCAAAACCAAAAUUGUCUGACUUGUAUCAUGCAAGACCUGGUCAGUCAUCGGAACCCUUUAAAUCUCUCACUUAUUCAAGGCAAUAUGCCAGUGGGGUGUCAAAGAGAGGAACUGACUUGAACAAAGCAGACUGGAGCAAGAUUGCCACACUAGGUCCUCUGUUUCUGAUCCCAAAGAAAGAAACCACCACCCAAUCACCUGGGUCCACACAGACCAGCCCAGCUGAGGUCUUAUCAACCGUCACUGAGGAGCCAGAGCUCUUACUCAACUCAACCGAGACGAGUCCUGUGACUGAGCUGGAGUUUAAAACCGAUCAAGAGGCUGAAGGUUUCCUUCCACUAGAGAAGGGCCUGUUCCUUAAUUCUGAUCCUUUCAUCGGAGAGGGGAGCGGUUUUGAACCGUGAUCCUCCGCAAAAGAAAAAUGAGCCCAAGAAAACAUGGAAACUGACGUGACCUUUUUCUAAAAAUAAAAGUUUUAGAACCCCUC